AUCGGUAUAUCAACAGCUCCGAGUUUCAGUUCAGUUGGCAGCCCAUUUUUCAAUGUUUUUGACAGCCAUUCGCAAUUUUGUUCGUGUUCCCAGUUAUCGCUCGAUAGUCACUUCCAGUGCUAGUAUGGCGAGUGAGGUGGAGAAAGCCCAAGGGGCAGCUGCAAGCGAGGACACAAUUUUUGGAAAGAUUUUACGGAAGGAGAUUCCCUGCAAGUUUAUCCACGAAGAUGAUAAGUGCGUGGCCUUUCACGAUGUGGCUCCACAGGCUCCAACCCACUUUUUGGUGAUUCCUCGGAAACCGAUCGCCCAACUUUCCCUGGCUGAGGAUGGGGAUGCCGAAUUGCUGGGACAUCUCAUGCUGGUGGGUCGCAAAGUGGCCAAGGACCUAUGUCUGGCUGACGGCUACCGAGUGGUUAUUAACAAUGGCAAGCACGGUGCCCAAUCGGUUUAUCACUUACAUUUGCACUUCCUUGGCGGCCGGCAAAUGCAGUGGCCUCCAGGCUAAGACUAGAGGUGCAUUUUUAUUUUUUGUCAGGAUUGCCUGUAUUUGGUGUUGGCAUCGUAAUACUAAAAAAUAAAUUCACAACGAAAAUGAA